UGGUUUAUUCCACCUUUUUGGAUCCGGUCACACUGUGUCUGGCCACCAAAAACCAAAACUUAAUUAAAGAAUUUAAUAAUUCUAAUAAUAAUUAAGCCCAAAUCCUACGCAGUGCGAGUGCGUAACCGACAAAUAGGAUCCCAUAAAGCGAUAGUGAAAUCAUGGUAGUGUUGGAGACGGAGAAGGCAAUCUGUGUUUUUAUGUCAAAUACGUGCGCGUGUGUGUGUGUGCUGUAAUUCCAUCGCCACUCUCGAUUCGGAGUUUGCUAGGAACAGUUGUUCGCUUUUUUUAGCUACUAGUAGCACCCAAAGUGAAACAGGAUACUCUACAUACUCACAACAUACUUUCCCACCCACUCAAUAAUACAAGUUUAACGAGAUUUUUUUGUAUUAUCAUUACUUAGUUUUUUGGUUAAUAAUACACAAGUGAAAAGCAGUGGAUUGCAGUCAGAUACCAAGUAACAAUCCAAAAUCCACACACACUCGAACAGAAAUCAAAAGCUUCGCUCUCUUGCACACACACUCGCACCACCACCACUAUCACACACCACGACUGAGAGAAAGAGAGAGCGGCAAGUGAAUCACGGCGAAUCCUCUUCGGAACUGAAACAGAACUGAUCCUACGAUCCUUCUACCAUCAAAAACGCAUCCAAAAACACGGCCGCCAACAUGCAGAGCGACUUUCACAGAAUGAAGAACUUUGCCAAUCCCAAAUCAAUGUUCAAAACCAGCGCCCCCAGCAGCGAGCAGGGUCGUCCGGAACCACCCACUCCGGCUGCACCCGCCAAGGCAGAGGCGAAGGAUGUCAAGCCCAAGGAGGAUCCCCAGGAGGCUGCUGAGCCAGCAGCAAACACCGCAUCCACUACCCCCGCCGGCGAUGAUGCUGUUCGCACCGAGCACCUGUUUAAGCACCCGCUCAUGAACGUCUGGACCUUGUGGUAUCUCGAAAAUGAUCGAUCUAAGUCAUGGGAGGACAUGCAAAACGAAAUCACCAGCUUUGACACCGUCGAGGACUUCUGGAGCCUAUAUAACCACAUCAAGCCGCCAUCAGAAAUCAAACUGGGCAGUGAUUACUCGCUCUUCAAAAAGAACAUUCGUCCCAUGUGGGAGGAUGCCGCCAACAAGCAGGGCGGCCGAUGGGUCAUCACCCUAAACAAAAGCUCCAAGAGCGAUCUGGAUAACCUAUGGCUUGAUGUGCUGCUUUGCCUGAUUGGCGAGGCCUUCGACCACUCCGAUCAGAUUUGCGGGGCUGUUGUAAACAUUCGUGGCAAGAGCAACAAGAUUUCGAUCUGGACUGCCAACGGCAACAACGAGGAAGCCGCUUUAGAAAUUGGCCACAAGCUGCGCGAUGCCCUGCGUCUGGGACGUAACAACUCGCUGCAGUACCAGUUGCACAAGGACACGAUGGUCAAGCAAGGCUCGAACGUCAAAUCGAUCUACACUUUGUAGAUUGUUUGUGUUGCCUUUAUUUAUGCUUAUAAAUGGCAGAUCGUAACUCUUGUCCAAGACCCGCGUAACGAAACCGAAAAAGGCACCUUUGUUAUCAAAAAUCGGCUAAUAUUAUUAAAUCGAUCCGCUUUUUGUAGUCUUUGUCAAUAAUGGAUUUAACGGAAAAUUAUUAUAAUAAAAAUCUAAACUAAAAACCCCA